AUGACUACCCCUUUGACGGCUCCUAUCCCUAGACACAGGCCCCCGUUCAAAGAAGUUCUUCGGGUUUGGGAAGAUGCGAACCUUAUACCAUUUGUCCAGCGAACCUUACGCGGGCUGCGGGUGAGCAUAUCCCUAGAAUACCAGCCUAUCCUACCUAACACAGGAUUUCACCUAACGCUAGAGCGAGUCCAAUACGAGCUCCUCGACCAGUUCGACAGAUUUCUGUGGUUGAUACUGAACUUCCCCAUGGUGAUAGCUAUUCCUGCUCUCCCCCAAAUUGUCCACAUAAUUGAGAUCGCCACUGCAGCAUCCCUCUUGCUGACCACCUUGUGA